AUGGCUUUGACUGGGGAUGUGAAAUGUGAGGCUGACAGGAUCCUGGGAUCCAAUGAUCCUGUGAACCAGAAGAUGGUGCUUCUCAACCAGCUGUGGUUGAGAAAUGGAUUGGCUUCUUACCAGACUGUCCCUCCAUGCAAGAUGUUGGUCCACCCCUCAAACAGGGGUGGCAGUAUGUGCAAUGGAUUUGAUGUGGUUGCUAAAGGUGAGAAGCUCAUGUCUCAAGGCUUCAGGCAAGACCUUUUGGAAAGCUCCUCAGUGGCUUUUGCAUUGUCAUCAGACCUGUCGAAAAGGGAGCUGCAGGUCAAGGCCAACCAAAAGCUGGUGCAGCAAUUUCCUGGAGUCCUAGCAGAUGUUCAAGGAGAUGAACUGUAUUUGACAGUUGGAGCAUCUCAUAGCACCAGCUUCCUCAAGGCCAAGAAGUUGGCUGGGCUUGCUUCUGGACCUGACAGUUUGAAGGGUAUCUUGGAAUCUGGCUGGAAGUGGCUCAUUUUGGCUUCUACCUUGGAAGAAGCCUUUCCAAGUUUGCCACUUCUGUAUGCUGCAGCUUUGAAUAGCAGCAACAGUGCUCAAGUUGCAGCUACAGAGCUGGAAUGCCUG